AUGGGCUUGUUCAACAUCAAAUUGCAAGAUGACGAGUUCUAUGCAAAUGCGACCGAGGGGUCUAAGAUCACUAUUAACAAGGAUAGAAAGUCUGUCCAAAUUGAGGGACUUGACAAGGUGUUCUACUAUGAGCAGUCAGAUAUCGAGCAGACUUUACUCCGAGCUGGUGGGGUUUUGCCUCUAUACAAACGAUGGGGUCGAACGGCUUUUCGCCAAGUGACAAUGCCGAAGACUGCCAGUGGGAAUGCGAAGAAACCGCUCAAUGAGUUGUCAAAUAAUACUGACUGGUGA